AAUUGUCCGAUUGAUUGGCGCGUCAAUUGUCUUGUUGCAUGUCUUUUGCUUGCUUAGUUCCCCCGGAAGAGGUGGCUUUGUGGCACCUGGAGUCAGUUUAUAUACCAGUGGCCUGCUCUGUCGAGGGCAUCAUACCACAUCUCUUCGUCCCGGAGACGAUACCUCGAUCUCACCCUCACUUGUAUUCCAAUAUCUCUCUUUCCUCUCUACUAAUAUCCAGCUUUCGCCAUGUCCGUAGCUGUUCAAGUCCCCGUGCGCGCAUUUCAGAUGCUCCCCAUCGAACUCGUCCUCAAAAUCUUCCACAUGGCCACCUUCGACGGACCCGACUACAACGUCCCAUUGGCUCUCAGUCAUGUCUCCAGGGACUGUCGCAGCAUCGUCAGUUCCGAAGCGCGUCUCUGGACGAACAUCAGGGUCAACAAUCAAUCUGCGGUCGGACACCCGCGCAGAGUGGGUGCGAAUCCCCAAGACGUCUUUCCCGCACUUUCCGUCUAUCUACGCAAUUCCGGCCAACUUCCUUUCAACCUUUCGAUUGGAUAUGCCGGACUCCCUCGAUACGAGAGAUAUCCAGACUUGGGCGACUUCAUUGAACCCCGCACGGACGGCUUCACGCUUUCCCAUGCCACUCACCUCGGUAACAUACUCGCCGCCCAUGUGCACCGCCUUCAAAGCCUCACAGUCCGCACGCGCUCUUGGGAGAUAUACACUCUGAUAGUCAACCAAUGGGUGGGGCUUCGCCUCCCGCUCGUCGAGAGCUGGAGCGUUGAAUAUGGCAACGUCCAAGAUAUCGGUUUGUUCCACGUCUAUGCCGAUAUGUUUAAGGUCGAUGUAGAACAGAGUGAGAAUAUCCUCACAAACUGUGGCGAUGCGUGCAGUCCGGAUGAACUGGCCAGUAUUGGGAGGCACUAUUUCCCGCAAUUGAAGCGCCUCCGCCUUUGGGCGACGCCGCACCAAUGGACCUUCUCUACAAGGAACCUGGUCGAACUUGUCCUCCAGAAUAUCCCCGAUUUCUAUCGUGCUAAUGAUGACCUCCUGCGAGUGAUUCUAGCCAACAGCCAGCACACCCUGCAGAUCCUGGAGCUAAAUGGUGUCCUUCACACCUCCGUCGGCCUCCCGAGCGCUCGAUUGCCCCUCCCCGCCGUCCACACCCUCAGAAUCGGAUUCGGGUACAUCGAGGAAUUCUCUACCAUACUCCGAAUAGCCGAAUUCCCCGCGCUCACCAACUUGCGGCUGAAGCAUUUGGAAGACUGUCUAAAUGAAGACACACAACAUCAGGAGGAGAUGGCUGAUAUUUUCGACGCCUUGGUGGACGAGCUGCCUUUGCACCAGCUGACCGCACUGUACAUCGAAGCGGUGUCUUUUCCCAGGGAGAAUCUGCACCGCACGGUCGCUUGGGAGGCGAUACGCAAUAGUAAGGUCCCUCAGGACGAGUAUCCCGACCCAAUGCGAUUCAUAUCGCAGCUCAAUGCUCUGCAGUCGCUCACACUUGUCCGACCGGACCCGAUGUUCCUCCAGUCCAUGAACUACUCUCCGCCGCGUUCGACGCUAUUCCUUCCAUCGCUCCGGAAGCUCAGGUUCGAGACGUCGAUUCCGACUGAGUACUCGUACAUUGUAGAGUAUUGGCGCUGUCGCAUGAGAGUGCUGAUGCAUGCAUCGGGGGGCCGGUACCUAGGACCUGGUCUUGAGAGGUUGGAGUUGUUGCUUCCUGAUACAGUGGACAAGGUCGGGCUGGCAAGAUGGAUACACAACCGUCGGCCGUAUGCAGAGUCGAUGGUUGUCAAUUUUCAGCCCGAGUAUUUUCCUUUUGUCCUUGCAGAGGAUGAAGGUGAUUUUAUGGCGGUAGAUUAGUUCACCAUCUGUUUUCCUUUCUCGUUGUGGAUUUCUUUUCCUGCCAAUUGGGCUACUAUGGUCAUUCUUUGCAUCUUUGCUAUCCUAGUAUACAUUAUGAAAAAUAAUAUCACAAUUACUUUGCU